CUCUGUUCCCAGGAAGAAAAAAAAUGACAGCUUUCAUUCAAUGAGUCUCUGUUUCUCUGAAUCCAAAAACACAUCUUUAAUACAGUAAACUUUACCAAGAAAAUGCAGAAUUAUCUUCAAAUCCAUUUUUUUUGCUUCAGUUUCCUUCUUCUUCUUCUUCCACUGUUCUCUGAGUCUCAGCUAGCUUCAAGUGAAUCAAAAACUCUUCUUGAAAUCCAGAAGCAACUACAGUAUCCACAGAUUCUUCAGUCAUGGACCGAUACGACCAACUUCUGCCGCAUUCGUCCUUCUCCUUCCUUAAGAACCAUUUGCUUCAAAGGCCACAUACAAGAGUUAACUAUAACUGGGAACAGAACCAGUAAGCUCUCCGGUAGUUUUCAUAAACUCUUCACUCUUCUUACACAACUCUCAAGCUUAAAAACUUUGUCUCUUACCUCUCUUGGGAUUUCUGGUUCUCUCUCUCCUAAAAUCAUCACCAAGCUAUCACCUUCUCUUGAAUCUCUGAAUCUCAGCUCUAAUUUCAUCUCCGGGAAGAUCCCAGAAGAGAUUGCGUCUUUGAAGAAUCUGAAAAGCCUUGUUUUAAGAGACAAUAUGUUCUGGGGGUUUGUCUCUGAUGAUCUCAGAGGGUUGUCGAAUCUUCAAGAGCUGCAUUUGGGAGAUAAUAAGCUCGGUCCUGGAGUUCCUUCACUGCCAAGUAAUCUCAUCACUGUUUCAUUGAAGAACAACUCAUUUAGAUCCCAGAUUCCAGAAAAGAUCAAUAAGUUGAAGAAGCUUCAAAGUUUAGACCUUUCUUCCAACGAAUUCACCGGGUCGAUUCCAGAGUUUCUGUUUUCGCUUCCUUCUCUUCAAAUUCUCAGUUUGGAUCAGAAUAUGUUAAGCGGGUCACUUCCAAAUUCCUCUUGCAGCUCCUCAAAGAUUAGAGCUUUAGACGUUUCUCACAAUCUCCUAACUGGAAAACUUCCUACUUGCUACUCUUCAAAGAGUUUCAGGAAUCAGACAGUGCUUUUCUCAUUCAAUUGCUUGUCUUUGAUUGGCACUCCUAACGCGAAGUAUCAGCGUCCGCUUUCUUUCUGUCAAAACCAAGCAAGCAAAGCAAUAGCUGUGAAACCUGUCCCCAAGGUUAAAGAGAAAGAUUCUACAAGAAUCAAACUCGGGUUAGUGAUUUUAAUAAUCAUCAGUGCGGUUAUCCUUGCAGCAAUUUUGGUUCUGUUGAUUUUGAUUACCCUGAAAAGAAGAAGAUCAGAAGAAAAUCAUUCUGAAGUAACCAACAACAACAAUGAGAGACAUGCCUCUGAUAAAGUCUCAGUUUGCAGCACUGCAACUACCAGCUCUAAGUCAUUACCAGAUUCAAGACGUGUACCGCAUACAAUGAGAUCUGCGGUGAUUGGUUUGCCACCGUACCGCGUUUUCUCCUUGGAAGAACUUGAAGAAGCAACUAACGACUUUGAUGCAGCAAGCCUCUUCUGCGAACAGCUGUACACAGGUUGUCUAAGAGAAGGCAUACCAGUGACAGUGCGAUGUAUCAAGCUGAAGCAGAAGAGUUUGCCACAGAGCUUAGCUCAACAGAUGGAAGUUUUAUCAAAGCUAAGGCAUAUGCAUUUGGUAAGCGUUCUUGGACACUGCAUCGCCAGUAACCAAGAGCACAAUCAACACUCUGGACACACCAUCUUUAUCGUCCAAGAAUACAUCUCUAGUGGAUCAUUGAGGGACUUUCUCACAAACAGUAGGAAGAAAGAAGUACUGAAAUGGCCUCAGAGAAUGGCGAUAGCCAUAGGAGUUGCUCGAGGGAUACAGUUCUUGCACAUGGGAGUAGCACCAGGGAUCUUUGGGAACAAUUUGAAGAUAGAGAAUAUCAUGCUUGAUGAAACACUCACUGUAAAAAUCAGUGGCUAUACUAUUCCUUUACCAACCAAGAUCGGAGAAGAGAGUGUUCAAUCCAAAAAUCCUCAGAGUAAUGAAGAUAGAGAGAAAGAAGAUGUGUACCAGUUUGGAGUGAUACUACUACAGAUCAUAACAGGCAAAGUACUAGCUUCAGGAUCUUCAGAGAUGGGAAGUUUGAAGCUUCAGCUGGAGAAUGGUUUGAGAGAUGAACCAUCAGUAUUGAGCAGCUUAGCAGAUCCAUCUGUGAAAGGAUCAUAUGCUUAUGAGUCGUUGAGGACGACAGUAGAGUUUGCUAUCAACUGUCUUUGUGAAGAUCAGACCAAACGGCCUUCAAUUGAAGAUGUUGUAUGGAAUCUGCAGUAUACGAUUCAAGUGCAGCAAGGAUGGAGAGCAAGCAGUGGGAAUCAUGAAUCAUCCAUGAAGGCAAUAUAUGAAUGAAGAAUCCUCAGAAAAGUGUUUUAAAACAGAGAUGAAAUUGUAGAAUCAGUCAUAAGAGUCAACAAGUCAAUAUGUAGUUCCAUAGAUUACCUGAAAUAUUUUCUAUUAGCUAACUUAGUAAUCAGUUGUAUCAAAUAAAGAGCAAAAGAUCUGCGAGAAUGAUCGAAUUGAAAUACA